UGCCAGAUUUCUACACUCUACAAGCAAAAAAACAUUUUUUUUUUCUCCUUGGAAGAAGUCAGAACCAGCAGCCAUGGACGGGAUAACACUCGGACGCGCGUCGCUCUGGUGCACCUUGCUCCUCUGGGCAUUUCAAGUAUGCAGUGGAGCUGUGACUGUGAAGGUGUCUCCUAAAGUGGAGGUUUUGAAAGGAGACACCGCCACACUGCCCUGCACACACACCGUCUCAUCGGCGUCCAGCAACACUAUCGUCGAAUGGUACAUUGAGGAGCAGGGAACCAGGAAACGCGUUGCUUUCCGCCGCCAGGGUGGAGAGGGAAACAGUGACGACAACACGCCCCUGACAGGCCGGGUCACCAUCGAAGAGAACUUCACCCUGACCAUCACCUCAGUUAAACCCUCUGAUGAGCUUGCCUUCUACUGCCAGGUCACUGCUGGCCCUGCUGGUGUUGGAGAUGGCACCACUAUGCUCAAAGUCUUCUUUGCUCCUGAGAAGCCAGAACUUACAAAGCCAUCGACUCAGGCCAUUUCUGCAGGAGAACCUACCAGCUCAGAGAUUGGAACCUGCGUGACUAUGAAUGGACACCCCCAACCAAGAAUCAUCUGGUUCAAAGAUGACAAGCCCCUUGCGGAGGUCAAAGACAGGAAGGAGGCGACCUACAUGAUUCCUUCAAUUGUGAAGGAGGCCUCAGGUCUCUUCACUGUGAAGAGCACCCUGUAUAUGCAGCCCACCAAGGCCGACAAGGACUCAGUGUUCCAGUGUACUGUGGAAUACAGCAUGCCAGAGGACCAGAUCAAACAGACCAAGUCUGACACCAUCACCAUCAACCUCAACUAUCCCUCUGAGAAAGCGACGUUUUCUCUCCUCAACACUUCUCCGGUCAAAGAGGGCGACACUGUCAAUAUGAAAUGCGAGACUGACGGAAACCCACAGCCUGAGUUUGAUUUUGCUAAAGACGGAAAAGUCAUCACUGGUCAGGGUGGUCUUCUGACUCUGAAAUCUGUCAAGCGCACAGAUGCUGGACAGUACAAGUGCACAGCCACAGAUUUUGACAACCUGGAUGCUGACCUGAGUGGAGUCAUCGCCCUCGCCGUCCAUUACAUCGACCCAAUGAGCGUGACCCCCGUCGAACCUCAGAUUGUCAAGCUUGAGGACAAAGUGGAGUGGCAGUGUAAGACCAAGGCCUCUGACAACCACAUAGUGCACUGGAAAAAGGGCUCCGAGGUGCUCUCUCAGGACGGCACUCUGUCAAUAGAAAAAGUUUCUUACGCUAACGCCGGAGAGUACAUGUGUGUUGGAGGCGUUCCGUCGGUGCCAGGUCUGACAGCCCAGACUAGCGUCAACCUUACUGUCAAAGGAAAGCCAAUGAUCGAGAAUCCCACUGUCGGAGAGGUGGGGAAAGAAGGAGACAUGGUUACUCUGAAGUGCUCGGCCUUUGGCUUCCCCAUCCCUCAGUUCGAAUGGACGCCCUCAGGAAAAGAGUCGAUACUACUGGGAGACAACAAGGCGGUAAGCACCAUGACUGUACAAGCUACUGCUGAGGUCAUGAAGAACGGUGUGACCUGCAAGGCCGGCAACACUCUCGGAACAGAUAGCAAGACCUUCCUGGUAUCUGUCAAACGAGCAAUUGAGAACUCAGCCGAAGGUAGAGCCUUCUCCCUCCUCCUCCUCCUCUUCUCCCUUCUUCUCUCAGGACUCUUUGUUGUACAGACCCUGUAAUUUAGAAACCUCCCCUCCAUCCACCUCCUCUUGCCCCAGCCCUUCUAUCAUACAUACAUAGACCACACACACUCACACACACACACACACACUUAUCUACACACCUUCCUCUGCUGUACUGUAAUCUUGUAUAUUUGCCCUCUUGCUACCGAACACUGUGGAUAUUGUAUAUUGUUAUUCUUCUUCUCUUGUCACCUUUGUAUGAUGUCUGUCCUAUAUUUUGUGGAUGCUACUACAACUUUUGUGGCCCCUUGGGGACAAUAAAGGAUUCUAUUCUAUUCUA